UAGAUUAUCUGAUAAUCUGCAUUGCCAUUGCUGCUCCUUUUUCAGCAGCACGGAGAGUUGGGUUAUGGAGGGUUGCAUGCGAAUUAUGCAGCUACAUCCAGGAUGCCGAGUGUCUUCUGAUCAUGAUCAAGAGCAGAGUGAAGAGACACAGGCAGAGGAGAGGAUCUCAGAAAGGUAGAAGUGGGAGACUGGUGGAUAGGCACCACCAAGUGACUACCAUCACCUCUCACAGAUUAGAUUAUUGACAACCCAAGUAUGGAUUUGAUUUCUCCAAGGUGAAAAGCUACUCAAUUUUCUAGCCAGACCACAGAUUUGUUUUAAGCCAGGACCCGUUUUCCAGCAGUUAGUGCCAUUAGGGAGGUUGGGAGGAUGUAGACAAGAGCAGGGAGAAAAUUUGGAGCCAUACAGUGGGAGAGACAGAGGGGAAAUGAAGAACCCCGUGGGAGGCUGUGGCAAAGGGAGGCAGUGGGGCUUCUCUGACAGGGAAGUCGGCAGAGGGAGAGGUUUUUCUGUCUGUGCAGUAAGGGAAGUCAGAUGAGAGUACAAGAGAGCGUGGAGAGGGGUACUGAUGUCUGAAUUCUGAGGGCAGGUGUCCUGCCAAGGGAUCCGUGCUUUAACAGAGCUUCAAUGCUGCUCCUGUUCCUCCUCUUCGAGGGACUCUGCUGUCCUGGGGAAAAUACAGCAGUUCCCCAGGCUCUACAAUCCUACCGUCCAGCAGCAGAAGACCCCCUGUCCUUCCGCAUGCUCCAAAUUUCCUCCUUUGCCAACCACAGCUGGGCACACAGUGAGGGCUCGGGAUGGCUGGGUGACCUGCAGACUCAUGGCUGGGACACUGUCACGGGCACCAUCCGCUUUCUGAAGCCCUGGUCCCAUGGAAACUUCAGCAAGCAGGAGCUGAAAAACUUACAGUCACUGUUCCAGUUAUACUUAAGUGGUUUUGUCCGGAUAGUGCAAGCUUCUGCUGGUCAAUUUCACCUUGAAUAUCCCUUCGAGAUCCAGAUAUUAGCUGGCUGUAGAAUGAAUGCCCCACAAAUCUUCUUAAAUGUGGCAUAUCAAGGAUCAGAUUUCCUGAGUUUCCAAGGAAUUUCCUGGGAGCCAUCUCCAGGAGCAGGGAUCAGGGCCCAGAACGUCUGUAAAGUGCUCAAUCGCUACCUAGAUAUUAAGGAAAUACUGCAAAGCCUUCUUGGUCACACCUGUCCUCGAUUUCUUGCGGGGCUCAUGGAAGCAGGGGAGUCAGAACUGAAACGAAAAGUGAAGCCAGAAGCCUGGCUGUCCCGUGGCCCCAGUCCUGGCCCUGGCCGUCUGCAGCUUGUGUGCCAUGUCUCAGGAUUCUACCCAAAGCCCGUGUGGGUGAUGUGGAUGCGGGGUGAACAGGAGCAGCGGGGCACUCAGCGAGGGGAUAUCCUGCCUAAUGCUGACGAGACAUGGUAUCUCCAAGCAACCCUGGAUGUGGCAGCUGGGGAGGCAGCUGGCCUGUCCUGUCGGGUGAAACACAGCAGUAUAGAGGGCCAUGAUCUAAUCAUCCAUUGGGGUGGAUAUUCCAUGUUUCUCAUCCUGAUCUGUUUAACUGUGAUAGUUAACCUGGUCAUAUUGGUUGUAGUUGACUCACGGUUAAAAAAACAGAGUUCAAAUAAGAACGUUCUUUCUCCCCGUGCACCUAGCCCUGUGUUUCCCAUGGGAGCUAACACCCAGGACACCAAUAAUCCAAGACAUCACUUCUGCUUGGCACAAGUAUCGUGGAUCAAAAACAGAUUCUUGAAGUGGAAGACACGCCGAAACCAACUCUCGUGACAUU